CUUCAUCCUCCUCCUCCUCCUCAGCAUCCCGCCAAGUGUGUGGGGGUGCUCAUGCCACCUGCCCCCGCGCCCUGCGGGUCGCCUCGCCCGGAGAGCGGCGGAGCCCCGUAGGAGCGAGCGGCGGCAGCGCUGAGGAAGGAUGGCAGACACGGAUCUUUUCAUGGAAUGCGAGGAGGAGGAGCUGGAGCCGUGGCAGAAAAUCAGCGAUGUCAUCGAGGACUCUGUGGUGGAGGAUUACAAUUCCAUGGAGAAAAAUCCCACAGGCGGGAACGCUGCCGUGCAGCCGGGCGGGCAGUCGCUGCUGCUGGCGCAGAGCCCCGCGCCCGGCCUGGGCGCCGUGGUCACGCAGCCCCUGCUGCGGCCGGUGCAGCUGAUGCAGAACGCCAACCACGGCACCAACCCGCCCGCGGGCACGCAGCCCAUCUUCAUCACCACCCAGGGGUUCCCGGUGCAGAACGUGCGGCCCGUGCAGAGCCCCAUGAACCAGGUGGGCAUCGUACUCAAUGUCCAGCAGGGCCAGACCGUCCGGCCCAUCACCCUCGUGCCAGCCCCAGGUACCCAGUUUGUUAAACCAGCAGUUGGCGUUCCCCAGGUGUUCUCGCCGGUGGCGCAGGUGCGGCCGGGCAGCGCCGGGCCCGGCCGGCCGGCCACCAACGCCUUCGCCACGGUCAUCCCGGCCACGCUGACCCUGCGCAGCACCGUGCCCCAGGCCCAGGCGCCCCAGCAGAUGAGCAUCGCCAGCUUCGUGACGGUGAAGCGCCCGGGUGUGCCCGGCGACGGCGGCGGCAGCGCGGGCGGCCCCGAGGUGGCCAAGCUGGUGAACACGCUGGGCACGGUGCCCUCGCUGGCCCACGGCCCCGCCGCGCUGGCCGUGGCCAACAGCAGCCCCGGCGCCGCCCAGCGCGGCCCCGCCAGCGAGGCCUCGGCCUCGGCCGCGCCCCGCAAAGGCAGCUCCUCUCCCAUUCCCAGCCUGGACUUCCAGGACGGGGGCCGCAAGGUCUGCCCCAAGUGCGACUCGCAGUUCCGCGUCACCGAGGCGCUGCGGGGCCACAUGUGUUACUGCUGCCCGGAGCUGGUGGAAUUCCUGAAGAAACGCAAAUCCCUGGAUUCCGAGCCCACCCCGCCCUCGGCCAAGGCGCCCUCCCCCGCCCAGGGCGCGGCCCCGGCCCCGCCCCCGACUCCGCCCAAGGCCGCACCUGAGCCAGGUGAGGGCGGGGCCGACCCCGCCCAGGCCAAGCUGAUCAUGCUGGUGGAUGAGUUCUACUACGGGCGGGACGGGGGCAAGGGCGCGGCCGUGCCACCCUGCCCCAGGGUGCCCACGUCCUUCCGCUGCCCGCACUGCACCAAGCGCCUCAAGAACAACAUCCGGUUCAUGAACCACAUGAAGCACCACGUGGAGCUGGACCAGCAGAACGGCGAGGUGGACGUGCACACCAUCUGCCAGCACUGCUACCGCCACUUCAGCACGCCCUUCCAGCUGCAGUGCCACCUGGAGAACGUGCACAGCCCCUACGAGUCCAGCACCAAGUGCAAGAUCUGCGAGUGGGCAUUCGAGAGCGAGCCGCUCUUCCUGCAGCACAUGAAGGACACCCACAAACCCGGGGAGAUGCCCUACGUCUGCCAGGUGUGCCAGUACCGCUCGUCGCUGUACUCCGAGGUGGACAGCCACUUCCGGCUGAUCCACGAGGACACGCGGCACCUGCUGUGCCCCUACUGCCUCAAGGUGUUCAAGAACGGCAACGCCUUCCAGCAGCACUUCAUGAGGCACCAGAAGAAGAGCGUGUACCACUGCAACAAGUGCCGCCUGCAGUUCCUGUUUGCCAAGGACAAGAUCGAGCACAAGCUGCAGCACCACAAAACCUUCCGCAAGCCCAAGCAGCUCGAGGGGCUCAAACCCGGCACCAAGGUGACGAUCCGCGCGUCCCGGGGCCAGCCCCGCUCGCUGCCGCUGGAGCCUUCCCACGGGAUGGGCCCGGACCCGGCUCCCCUGGGACCCUCCUCCGACCCCCAGCCCCUGUUCCUGUGCCACCGCAACGCCCCCCGCAGAGCCGGCAAAAAAACGAGCGGCCUGGGCCGGCAGACGUGCCUGGAGUGCAGCUUUGAGAUCCCCGACUUCCCCAACCACUUCCCCACCUACGUGCACUGCUCCUUGUGCCGCUACAGCACCUGCUGCUCCCGCGCCUACGCCAACCACAUGAUCAACAACCACGUUCCCCGGAAAAGCCCCAAAUAUUUGGCUUUGUUCAAGAACUACACAGCCAGCGGGGUGAGGCUCUCGUGCUCCUCCUGCCUCUUCGUCACCUCCGAGGGCGACUCCAUGGCCAAACAUUUGGUGUUCAACCCCUCCCACGAGUCCAGCAACAUCAUUGUCCAAGGGCCUUCUUGGAUAUCACAUUCCAGGCACACCCAGGACACGCCCCAGCCCCCGCCCUGCCAGACCCCCUCCCCUCCUCCCCCUCCGCAGCCCCAGACCCCCCAAAACCCCCCGAUUGCCCCCGCGGACCCCCCGAAAGCCGUGACCCCCAGCGCCGAGCCCGGCCCGCGGGAGCCCGAGCCCUGCCGGAAGGAGCAGCUGUCGGUCAAGAAGCUGCGCGUGGUCCUGUUCGCCCUCUGCUCCAGCACCGAGCAGGCGGCCCGGCAUUUCCGCAACCCCCCGCGCCGCAUCCGCCGCUGGCUCCGGCGCUUCCGGGCCUUCCAGGACGAGCGCCCCGAGCUGCCCGAGGGCAAGUACCUGAGCCUGGAGGCUGAGGAGAAGCUGGCCGAGUGGGUGCUGACGCAGCGCGAGCAGCAGCUGCCCGUCAACGAGGAGACGCUCUUCCAGAAGGCCACCAAGAUCGGCCGAGCCCUGGAGGGGGGCUUCCAGAUCUCCUACGAGUGGGCCGUGGGGUUCAUGCUGCGGCACCACCUCAGCACCCACACGCGCCGCGGCGUCGCCCACCCCCUGCCCAAGGAGAUCCAGGGCAACGCCGGCGCCUUCAUCGAGUUCGUGCAGCGGCAGAUCCACGCGCAGGAGCUGCCGCCGGCCAUGAUCGCCGCCGUGGACGAGAUCUCGCUGUUCCUGGACGCCGAGGUGCUGGGCAGCGACGAGCGCAAGGAGAGCGCGCUGCAGACCGUGGGCAACGGCGAGCCGUGGUGCGAGCUGGUGCUCACCCUGCUGGCCGACGGCGGCGUCCUGCCCGCCCUGGUGGUGUCCAGGGGCCGCCCGCCCUGCCCGGCCGCCCUCCCCAAAUCCGUCCUGCUGGAGUCCAAGGAGGACGGCUGCGGCGAUGACGAGAUCAUGGAGCUGUGGGCGGCGCGGGUGUGGAGGAAGCACACGGAGUGCCGGGGCGGCGCUUCCAAAGGGAUGCUGGUCCUGGAUUGCCACCGGACGCACCUGUCCGAGGAGGUGCUGGCCGUGCUCAGCGCGGCCGGGGCGCUGCCGGCCGUCAUCCCGGCCGGCUGCAGCUCCCGCGCCCAGCCCCUGGACGUGUGUGUCAAGAGAUCCCUGAAAAACUUCCUCCACAAAAAAUGGAAAGAGCGGGCAAAAGAUCUGGCGGAUUCCGACUCCUCUGCGCUGCUCCAGCUGCUGCUGGGGUGGCUGGGAGAAGCCUUGGAGAUCCUCGGGGAUUGCCCGGAGCUGAUCCGGAAAUCGUUCCUGGUGGCCAGCGUGCUGCCGGGGCCAGCCGGAGACGCGGGGUCACCGCGGCGCCAGGGCGACGAGCAGGAGGAGCUGAUCACCACCAUGGAGGAGAGGCUGAAGAUUGCCAAGAGCCGGGAAACGUCCCCGGAAUUCCCGGAAAACGACGACCCCGAAGCUGACCCCGAGAUCCUGCACCGGCUCUUCGAGGGGGAGAGCGAGGCCGAGUCGUUCUACGGCUUCGAGGAGGCGGAUCUGGAGCUGAUGGAAAUUUGAGAAUUCCCAGAAGAAAAGAAACGGAAGACGGGACGGAUUCAUCCCGGAAAUUCCUGGGUUUGGAGAGGCCGAGGGGUGCCGGGAGCGGAAGGGGUGUUCCUGGGUUUUGGGCCCAAAAAUGGAAGGAUAUUCCAAGUUUUUGGCCACAGGAAUGGAAGGAUAUUCCCAGUUUCUGGCCCCCAAAGCUUAAAGGAUAUUCCCUGUUUCUGGAGAUCCUGACGUGUCCCAGAAAUUGAAGGCGAUUCCCAAUUUUCCGCCCCAAAAGCCCAAGGAUGUUCCCUAUUUUUGGCCCCCAAAAGGAAAGGAAGUUCCCUGGUUUUGGCCCCGAAAAUGAAGGGAUGUUCCCUGUUUUUGGAGAGCCAAACAGAAGUUCAAGGAUAUUCCCAUCUUUUAGCCCCAAAAACCCAAGGAUAUUCCAAGUUUUGGCCCCAGAAUCAAAGGAUAUUCCCAAAUUUUUUGGCCCCAAAACAAAGGACGUUCCCAGUUUUCGGAGCGAGCAGAGGAGGUCCCAGUUCCCAGCGGAUUUCUGGGAUUUUUCCGGAUUUGCCGUUCCCGCCGAUUUUUUGGGAGGAUUUUCGUGGCUUUUUUUUUUUCCUUUUUUUUUCUUAAAUUUAAAAGAAAACUGAAAAAUGGAAACAAACUUGGAUUCACUGUGUUGGUAUUUCCUUGGAGUUCUCUCUCGUGGGUGGAUAUUUUUUGGGAAUUUUCUUUACCUCACUUGUACCAUAAUUCCAGGUUUUUAGCGGUGGGAAUUCGAUGUUGUUUGUGCCCCGUUUUCUUUUCCAAGAAGACAAAAAAUCCCCGGAUUUGACUCCCAAAAAAAUCCGGGGAAUUCUCCUUUCUUUUGUCCUUGACUUUUUUUUGGAAUCUGACCCAGAAAAUCCCCGUUUUGAUGGAAAAUUCCUUCGGGUUGGCCGCGAGGAUUCAGAUGUUCUGGGGUUUUUAAUGGAAAUCGGGAAUUUGGAUGGGAUUUUGGGGAGUUAUGAGGGAAUUUGGCUCGGGAAUUGUGGAGCCACCAUUCCACGCCAGCAAUUUUUGGGAUUGGCGCUGCUUUUCCUGCCCCGACCUCGACUGUCCCGAAAAAUUCCCUUUGGAGGGGCAGAAAAGCCCAGCUUCUCCUUGGAUUUGCCCUUUGGGAUCGUUCACUCUCGACUUUAUUUAAAACAGAUCCAUCCUGGAUGGGAGGAUCCGGGAUUUGGGACUGAAACUGUGACGAGAAACCCGAAAAACUCCACUAAAAAGAAAGGUUUUGGGUUGAUUUUUCACUGCCAGCUCUGAUUUUUUACCGGAAUUUGCAUGUUUUUUGGGAAAAUGUUUUUUUUUUUUUUUUAAUUUUAAAAAUUCUUGGAGUUCCCAAAUUCCAGAGGCGUCCGGCACCUGUUUUUCCAUAAGAUUUGUGGAGGUUUUUUUUUGUUUUGUUUUGUUUUGUUUUUUCCCAGAAGGAAAACAGGAAAAAAAAUUAAAAAAUUAUUCAAAAUAAAUAAAAUUAAAAAAAAAAAAAAAAGAAUCAGCUUGGAAUUGUACAGGAGUGGAAAACGUGGAAUAAAAGCAGGGAAAUGAAUUUAUAAAUAAACAGUGUUUUUAUUGUGGAAAAAAA